UUUUUUCUUAUUGGUUGGUUUCCACAUUUUCGGCGGUCCCGCCGGGGGACCGUCAAUUUUUCUCGAGCGGCAAACAUGACUACAAUAAAAAGCUAGAACAAGGAAGAAGAAAAGAUGGAGAUGACUCAGGCGGCGUCUUCGAGCUCCGCCCCGCCGGGCGGAAACUGGCUCGAAACUGCCCCUACAGAGUCGACUUCGCACGACUGUGCCGUAUGCGGGGAGCCCAUGAAAGCGCGCAACGCUGAGGAACGACACCUGAUGCAGAGGACCAACGAGAUCAUGAUCGGCAUCCUGAGAUACUACUCGCACAUGUACUUCGGCGUGGGAGAUGUCACCAAUCUCAAGGCGGAAAUGGAGGGAGGUACUAUUUCUAAUUCUAGUAGAACAGCAAUAUGUUGGUGACCUGUUAGUUUGCAAGAUGUUCAUGCACAAGAUCCGGCUUGUUGCCUACAAACUCACUGUAAAAUGAAUAAGAUCAAGAAGAUGCAAUCCGAACUAAAAAUCAGUCGAGAUCGAGAUGGACACCGGGGUGGAUGAUUACAUGGAUGAGCAGCGGGAACAGUUCCUCGAGUACGUAGAUUCCGACGACGGUCAGGAGGGGUGGAAACCACCCUUGCAACGAAGCCUUUGGAGCUACCACACUGUGGCGGGCGUGAUGGUCACGGUCAUUCUCGUCAUCGGCAUCACCUGGAUCCUGCUGGACGUACUAUCCCUUUAUUGCAAUUUUGGAUUUUCAAUUUUUUCAAGUACUGAUCAAAGAAACAAAUGGCACAACUCUUACUUAAAUCUGUUGUUCUCGGACGGCGGUAGUUUGUGUGUUUUGUGUCAAAAACAGCUUUUUGAGUUCGCUCCUAAGUAUGGUCGUCACUUUGCAAAGCAUCAACAUGCGCAACAUUCUCGAUAUUUGAACAACAUCAUGCGCCUCGAGAAUAAAAAACAGGCGUUCGGAGUGGCAGCGCGCGGGAAGACAGCGAAUAUCAAUAAACUAUCCGUGAACGGUGCACCCGAUAUGAAAGCCGGAUUUCAUCAAAGCAAGGCCACGGCUUUCAUCAUGGUUCGGGAGCUGCCGACAGAUGAACCCCUACCUGUCUUCGUUCAGCCCGAGAUUUGAGACUGAGACGUUUUUUGAACCGAUUAGAUGCUAUCUAUUUCGUGUUAUACAAGCAUCAACUUAUCCUGUUGUACCAAAAGAGAAUAGCGUCAAAAAAUCAAUAAUGCCGUUUUUAUGUAAAAUGUAUAAAUUUGUUUCCGUUCUUUGUUUGUACCCAAGAAGUGAAUAAGUGCUCAGUCGUCGCUCCUACUGUGGUAACUAUGAGCAGUUCAAUGUAGCUCGUUGCAUAAAGCUGCCCCACCUGGUACCUUCGAAGAAGCAAUGACAGUAGGAGAAAGAACCUUUGCUACUAAGCAAGGGGAGAUCAGAUAAAAAAGAAUAUCAGCAUAAAGUUCUGCUGUGGCGAUGCAGGAUUCUUUUGUGUUGUUCGAAGAAAGGUUUUUGAUUUUUUUAGGAUCCCAGAAUCAAAAAGAGCAGCAUCAUGGUGCCUUCCCCUUGGGGAACCAAUAC